CACCGUUUGUAAACGCGAUUUGUGAACGUAACGACACGGGCCGACACACGACACGCUUCGAUAAUUUUUUUUACUUACGACUGCUUUACGACUGCUAUUGAUUAAUAUCGAUCUAGUGAAAAUCUUAUUUAAAUCUGUUCGUGAAAUUGUGCACGUAUGUACAUUGUAUAAGUUGUAUGACAAGAGAAAAAUCGAAGCAAGAUUUAAUAGAAUGAGGUGAAUUCGAUUGAAUUUGUAUUUCGGAGAGAAAAUAAUGCCUUCGAGCGAAUCUUCUAAAAUAUCCAAGGUAGAUAGGUCCACUAGUCCUCUGCCACGUAAACCUGUGAAUCCAGUUCAAGAAUUAAAAGCCUUAUUCGCUGAACCACCCGUAAGAGUUUCAAAUGGCGGUAAAGAGCAAGAUUUUCGCUUUGAAGCGAUUCAAUGUUUGCAAUCUUCAGCUUUUAAGGAAAUUAAAACAUUGCCAGAUCGAGGAAUGUGGAGCAGUAAGAUUGAAUUCAUCCUCUCUGUAGUAGGAUUAGCUAUAGGAUUAGGAAACUUAUGGCGAUUUCCUUAUCUCUGUUAUAAAAAUGGCGGUGGAGCUUUUAUGGUUCCUUACUUUAUUGCUCUUGCACUUGCCGGAAUACCCAUGUUCCUAAUGGAAUUAUCACUGGGGCAAAUGAUGACUAUAGGUGGAUUAGGUGUUUUUAAAAUAGCUCCAAUUUUCAAAGGCAUUGGAUAUGCUACUUGUGUACUUUCUUGUUGGACUAAUAUAUAUUAUAUCAUUAUAUUAGCAUGGGCACUUUUUUAUCUUUUGGUUUCUUUACGAAUUGAUCUUCCAUGGAGAACAUGCGGCAAUCCUUGGAAUACACGUUACUGUCUUACGCCUACGGAACGUUUAGAAGCAUUAUGUUGGACUCAAGAUGAAGAUAUUAUAUGUUCUACCCCAAUCGGUAAUUUAAGUCACGCUUUACUGAAAGAUCCAGUGAAAGAAUUUUGGGAGAGGCGUACUCUUCAAAUCUCUGAUGGUAUAGAGAAUAUAGGUUCAAUAAGAUGGGAACUAGCAGGUACAUUGGCUGUUGUAUGGAUCAUGUGUUACUUCUGUAUUUGGAAAGGCGUAAAAUGGACUGGAAAAGUUGUAUAUUUUACAUCAUUAUUUCCAUAUGCAUUGCUAAUGAUUUUAUUAAUAAGAGGAUUAACAUUACCAGGAGCAAUGGAAGGUUUAAAAUAUUAUGUAACUCCAAAUCUUUCGAAACUCAGUGAUCCCGAGGUAUGGAUAGAUGCAGUGACGCAAAUAUUUUUUUCUUACGCACUGGGUUUAGGUGCACUAGUUGCUCUUGGAAGUUAUAAUAAAUUCAACAAUAAUGUUUAUAAAGACGCACUUAUUGUUUGUACAGUAAAUUCUUGUACUAGUAUGCUUAGUGGUAUUGUUAUAUUUUCUGUGGUUGGUUUCAUGGCUCAUGAACAACAAAAGCCCGUUGCGGAUGUUGCGGCUUCCGGUCCUGGUUUAGCUUUCCUGGUUUAUCCUUCUGCAGUUCUAGAAUUACCAGGAUCAUCAAUUUGGUCUUGUUUAUUCUUUUUCAUGCUUAUACUUAUUGGCUUAGAUAGUCAGUUUUGUACAGUUGAAGGCUUUAUUACGGCUGCAGUAGAUGAAUGGCCGCGACUUCUCAGAAAACGAAAAGAAUUAUUUAUAGCAAUUGUAUGCUUUGUCUCAUAUCUUAUUGGCCUUUUUUGCAUUACUGAAGGAGGAAUGUAUGUAUUUCAACUCUUAGAUUCAUACGCUGUAAGCGGAUUUUGUCUUUUGUUUUUAAUGUUCUUUGAAUGUAUUGCUAUCUCAUGGGCAUUUGGUGUAAAUCGUUUUUAUGAUGGAAUUCGUGACAUGAUUGGUUAUUAUCCUUGUUGUUGGUGGAAAAUAUGUUGGACUAUUACUACUCCUGCCAUUUGUGUGGGUGUUUUCACAUUUAACAUAAUUAAAUUUGUUCCUGUAAAAUAUCUUACAUAUGAGUAUCCAUGGUGGAGUCAUGUAUUAGGAUGGCUUUGUGGUCUAUCUUCUAUGUUAUGUAUUCCCGGAUAUAUGAUAUAUAUCUGGUUCACAACAUCUGGAACUAUCUCUGAAAAAUUCCGAAAAUUAAUAAGAAUAGAAGAUAAUGUUGCUACAUUACGAAUGAAACUAAAUCCCACAAAAGCUGCCUCUAUUAGUGCAGAUUUCGAAUUAUAAAUAUCAUUGUAUGUUUAUUUGAAAUCCAUCAAUGAUGCAAGUGUGUUCUUUGCAAUGAAUGACUGAGACAAAACAUGAUUUCAUAUGUUAAGCAAUAUCAUAUCAUAUAUAAUAUAUAUGUUCAUGUAAUCAUUUAUCAUAAACAAAUAAAAAACAUAGUGCUUAUAUAAAUGAAGUUAUAUAAUAAUAAUAAGAUAAACUUAUAAAAAAA